AUGGCUUCUUCCCUCGGAAUUGACGAAGGAGUGUCUGCUACGAAGGUGGUGCACCUCCGAAACCUUCCUCAACAGUGCUCUCCUGAAGAUCUCAUAGGACUGUGUAGUCCUUUCGGUAAAGUUGUUAAUCUAUUGUGCAAUGUUGGCCCCAACAAGAACCAGGGUUUUGUUGAGUUUGGAGAUAUAAGUGAAGCCAUUUCAAUGGUUUCAAACUAUGUUUCGUCUUCAGAUCCCGUUAAGCUUCAUGGCAGAAAAAUUUACGUUCAGCUUUCUGAUAGACCAGAAAUUGUGGUUGGCAGAUCAAAGGAAAUAUCUUGCUCAUAA